AUGGGUCGCCGGAGAGAGUGCCUGCACAGCCCUUGUUGCGGUCAUCGCGCACUGGCUGCAUUCGCACCAACACUCAAUGCCUACAAGAUCCAAAUUCGACAGCCUCAUCACACAAGGUUCCUCAGAGUGGCAAAAACUCUGCAGCAACGAGACCUACAUAAAUCUAUUUCCAACAAUCACUUCGACCUUGAAACGGUUUUGGAAGCUGAUCUUAGACCUCUUGGUGUCUCGCCUGAGAAAUCCUUUAUCGGAUUCUUCAGCCCGGAGAAGUUCGAGAGCUUGAAGGGACUCAUGUCGUUCGACGACAUAUGGAAUGAGAUAGAUAAAAACAGAGAGCUUUACGAACCGAGGAUAUACAUAGUAAGUUGGAACGACCACUUUUUCGUGCUGAAGGUUGAAGCUGAUGCAUACUAUAUCAUUGACUCUUUGGGUGAGAGGCUCUUUGAGGGGUGUAACCAGGCAUACAUACUAAAAUUCGACGAUUCGAGCAUCAUGCAUGGGAAAACAGAGAAAGCAGAGGAUGAUUCAGAGGAAAGAUUAGAAGUAAUAUGCAGUGGAAAAGAGUGUUGUAGACAGUUCAUUAAAAGAUUUCUUGCUGCCAUACCACUUAAGGAGCUUGAGGAGGAAGAGGAAAAGAGUGCAGUUCCUAUUUUACCUCUUCACCGGCGUUUGCAGAUCGAGUUCCACUACACCUCCUGCCUCCUCCUCCUCCUCCUUCUCCUCUUCUUUGUCGACCUCUGCUACUUCUUCCACUUACUCUCUCUCAUCAGGUGAAGACUAGAAAUCAAGUAGCAGAAUUGUAUAGAAGGGUUUUUGAUUCCUUAGCAUUUAAUGAUACUAUUGAGACUAGGUAGAAAUUUCAAUGAGA